AUGACUGAGCUUAACACAACGUUAUUCGACACUCCGACUGGAAAUCCUCUCAUUGUUAUAACUGUUCCGUUGCUGAUGUUCAUCAGUGGAAUCGUCGGCAAUGUCUUAGCCCUGAUGGUACUCUGUCGAUCAAAUCGGGACCACAGACGAAACGUCUUCUUCAGGUUGGUUGGAGGUCUUGCUUGCACGGAUCUGUUCGGGAUUUUAGCCCUGUCCCCCGUGACAAUCUGUGUAUAUGCAAACGGAAGGAAAUGGAUUGGAGGACAACCCUUGUGCCAUUAUUUCAGUUUCUUUAUGAUUUUUGCAGGAAUCGCUACAGUGUCCAUAGUUGGUGUUAUGGCAUUCGAAAGAUACGUAGCGAUAUUACAACCUUACAGUUACAAUACCAAGUUUACUCCAGGCAAAGUUAUAUAUAUUCUGGUUACAGUUUGGAUUUUAUCCGCCUUUGUUGCUUGCCUUCCUUUUCUUGGACUUGGCAGAAAUGUGCUACAUUUUCCAGGAACGUGGUGUUUCUUUGACUAUCAUGGAAACGGGUUAACAGACAAAAUAUUCACCUAUUUGUAUACUUUCUUUGGAUUAUUUGUGAUUGGUGUCACUGCCAUAUGCAAUACAGCUGUCAUGUUUGUACUUGUUAGAAUGCGCCACCUGGUGAAGAAAUUGAAUAAACAUGGCAGCCACGCUCAGGUUGAUAACGAGGCUCAUAUGAUAAUAUUGCUUGCUGGGAUUAUACUGGUAUUUGCUACCUGCUACGCCCCUUUGAUGGUCAGGGUAACCAUCAACCAGACACACGUAUUCCCCAUCAACCACGCUGCCGACCUACUGACGAUACGACUUGCAUGUCUCAAUCAGAUUCUUGACCCCUGGGUUUACAUUCUCUUUCGAAAACAGCUUUUCUCAAAACUCUGGAACCUUGUGACGUGUUCAAAGAAAACGAAACCUAUAAAUGGAAUUAAUGAUAAGUGUUUGAAGAAUAACAUUGCAGAUGGCGUCGUAGUCAGUGAUACAAUAAAAGAAACGUUUCUGCAUAAGACGUCAACUGCCAAAAGUGACAUCAUCAGCAAGGAGGCAGACGGACAGGAAUGCAGAUUGCUGUUGCUUUCUUCAUUUCAUGAAAACUCCGAGAAAAAAGUAGUAGAUAAAAUACAAGAACAAAUGUGA